AAAAUAGUCUGGAACUCCCGGUGCAGUCAAUGGUCUGUUGAUUUCGAUGCCGCCACGUGGUUUUUCUGUUUGCCUUCUCUCACUCAACUUAGUUCAAGCAGCAGAACAACGUUUCUGCCACUUGAUUGUGUUGUCAAACUGUGCCGGCGAGUGCGGAACCGAUGAUGCACAUAUAGGUAGGUUGGCUUAUUUAUAGACAUGUGAAUGAACGACCGAUUUCAAGUUUGUUUUUUUCCAUUUAUUUCUCUCGCUUCUAAUCGCGACGCAAUCCGGGAGUCGAGUCGUCGUCGUCGUCGUCGUCGCGCCUUCUAACUGAUUGAGCGAUUUAGUAAACAAUUUCCAAUGUAGAGCAGUAGUCAGUACGUAUAGUAAGUACCGAUUGGAAGCGUUAUCACGAUUUGUAAUUGUUGGCCAACUCGUGAAGGAAAAAACAAAACCAAUUGUCGUCCGGUCGCUAUAGAAACAAAGUGGUGAACUGCGGAAUACUCCGGCUAACUGGUAGUUAGUUCGAGUACCAUCCUGCUCAGGUAGAUGGUUUUCUAAAGAAUGGAACGGUGGAAGCAGAUUUCAUUGAUACUCUGCAUUUUGGGCUUCCUGAAGGAAUUCCGACCGAGUGAGCCGUUCGUGUUUCAGUUUUUAACCGGGCCCUCCCACAAUCUGACGGUGGACCAGGUCGUUCAGGAUGUUUUCCCCAUCGGAACGUACUCGUAUGUGGCCCAGCUGGUGGUCGUCUUCCUGGUUACCGAUUACUUCCGCUACAAGCCGAUAAUCGUGCUGGCCGGCCUCGCUGGAACCGUCGUUUGGUGCAUGUUCGUGUGGACCCGAUCGUUGAGGGCGCUCCAGGUGAUGGAAAUUUUCUACGGAACCUACAUGGCGGCUGAUAUUGCGUACUGGACCUACAUCUACGCUAAGGUCGACAAAAAGUACUACCAGAAGGUGACCUCACACAUCCGAUCGGCUACUCAAGCGGGACGAUUCCUCGCGGCGACUACCUCGCAAGCCGUUAUCUACUUCCAGCUGACCGGGUACCUCGGGCUUAACGUGAUCUCACUGGCAGCUCAAAUAAUCACCACGCUAUGGGCCUUCCUGCUUCCGUCGGUCCCGGCCAGUAUGUACUUCCACCGGGAAAUAGCCCCAACGGAUGAAGAACUUAACCUCAACGACAAAACAACUCAACCUCAAAACACACCCUCGGCAUUCCGCAACGCCGUUACGCUUCUCUGGGACCACUUCCGUUGUGCCUACACCAACUUUACCGUUAUCCGAUACUCGCUCUGGUACUCGUUGGCCGUUUGCCUCUACUAUCAGAUCACCUCGUACGUGCAGGCUCUGUGGUCCGAGGUAGCCGGAUCGGAUACCAUGCUCUGGAACGGGGCCGUUGAAGCCGUCCUUACCCUAAUGGCGUCGAUUGCUGCCUUCUCCGCUGGAUUUGUUCCGCAAAGGUUGCUACAGCUGAACGCCACCCUCCUAAGCCUGUCGGCCAUAGCGAUCGUUCAGGGCGUAGGAUUGCUCAUAGCGACCGUUACCCACAACCUGAUCGUUUCCUACGCCGGGUACAUCGUUUUCGGGAUCCUGCACAUGUUCACUAUCACCCUGAUCAGUGCGGAAAUAGCGAAAAACAUCAGCGACGAUAGCUUUGCGCUGAUCUUCGGAAUCAACACACUGCUGGGCCUGGUGUUGCAAACGCUGCUUACGCUGGCGAUCGUUGACAGCGGCGGGUGGCUAGCUUUGGAUGUGCGUGGCCAAUUUACCGUCUACAGCUAUAGCUUUAUGGUGAUGGGAGUGACGUUCGGUUUGUUUUUGAUGCUGGAGGUGUGUACUCGAAGGCGUUUGGCGGGUAGCAAUCGAUGAAACGAAAA